AUGCACUUCAACCUGAAUAUGAGGACCAAGUUCAGAAAGCUGAAGCAGCAGUACUGCAUGCACAAGAAGCUGAGGGAGGAGGACUGCCGUUUCUCCUUUCGCGCCGUUCCCAUUGAGGGGGAGCACACGCCCGCGGUCCUCGGGAUGGUCCCGGUGCGGCGUGGGGAGGCUGGGGAGUGGUGGUGGGAGGUCAGCGAGCCCGUUCUGGUGGAGGGAGCUCUCGAGCCGCGGCUUUUUGUCGAGAGACGAGAGAAGACUCCCGAGCAAAACCGGCUGGCACGAAACGAAGAAACACCCAAAAACGCCUAA